AUCGUCCUCGCCGCGAAGAUGCAAGGCGCCGGUCUCGCAACGAUCGCUUGCGGAGGAGCCGCGAUUGGAGUCGGGAAUGUCUACGCUGCGUUGAUUGCGGGUGUGGCGAGGAAUCCGAGUUUGAGACCACAACUGGUGGCGUAUGCUAUGGUCGGAUUUGCGUUGGCGGAGAGUAUGGGAUUGUUUGGGUUGAUGGUGGCGUUUUUGAUGUUGUACGCCUACUAG